AUGCCGACCUCGACCACGAUCCAGCUCAACGGCAAGGAGGUCGCUGUGCCGACCGGUAUCUUCCUCGACAACGAAUGGCGCGACGCCGCCGACUCGUCCACGUUCGAGGUCCUCAACCCGGCCAACGGCCAGCCGAUCGCCACCGUCGCGCACGCCAAGCAGGCCGACGUCGACGCCGCCGUCGCCUCGUCCCGCAAGGCGUUCAAGUCGACUUGGGGCCUGCACGCCGGCCCCGAGGAGCGCGCGCGCCUGCUCAACAAGCUCGCCGACCUGAUGGAGCGCGACAUCCAGUUCCUUGCCGAGCUCGAGAGCCUGAACGGCGGCAAGGGCGUCCGCAUUGCGCGCGACAUGGACCUCGCCGACUCGAUCGCGUGCCUCAGGUACUACGCCGGCUGGGCGGGCAAGGUCGCGGGCGAGACGAUCGAGACGAGCUCGACCAAGCUGGCCUACACCCUCCUCGAGCCUAUCGGCGUUUGCGGCCAGAUCAUUCCUUGGAACUACCCCGUCAUGAUGUGGGCCUGGAAAAUCGCUCCGGCCCUCGCCGCCGGCUGCACCAUCGUCAUGAAGCCGUCAGAGCUCACGCCGCUCACGGCGCUCGCCCUGUGCAACCUCAUCGCCGAGGCGGGCUACCCGGCCGGCGUCGUCAACGUCGUUCCUGGCCUCGGCACGACGGCGGGAGCGGCUAUCGCCGAGCACCUCAAGAUCGACAAGGUGGCGUUCACGGGCUCGGUCGCGACGGGCAGGAGGAUCAUGGAGGCCGCGGCCAAGUCCAACCUCAAGAAGGUCACGCUCGAGCUCGGCGGCAAGUCGCCCUCGCUCGUCUUCCCGUCGGCCGACCUCGAGGAGGCGGCAAACUGGAGCGCGCUCGGCAUCUUCUACAACUCGGGCCAGGACUGCACGGCCGGUUCGAGGAUUCUCGUGCACGAGGACGUGCACGACGCUUUCGUCGAGAAGUUCGCCGAGAAAGCACGAGCAUGCGCCAUUGGCAACCCUCUCGACGAGUCGACCUCGUUCGGCCCGCUCAUCAGCGGCCCGCAGCGCGACAAGGUCCUUGGCUACAUCGCCGCCGGCACCGAGCAGGGCGCGACGAUCGUCACGGGCGGCAAGAAGUGGCAGGAGGACAACGGCGGGUUCUACAUCGAGCCCACGAUCCUGACCGGGUGCAAGCCGGGCAUGAAGGUCGUCGACGAGGAGAUCUUUGGCCCCGUGUGCUCCAUCAUCAAGUUCUCGUCCGAGGAGGAGGCGAUCGAGAUGGCCAACGACUCGAUCUAUGGCCUCGCUGCCGGGUGCUUUACCUCCGACGCCAAGCAGGCGAUGCGCGUCUCGAGGGGUCUGAGCGCGGGAACCGUGUGGGUCAACAACUACGGCCUCCUGUCGAACGCCGUCCCGUUCGGCGGCAUGCGCCAGUCUGGCAUCGGGCGCGAGCUCGGCCGGCAGGGCGUGUACGAGUACUGCUCGAGCAAGAGCGUGCUGCACAACAUUGGCGAGGAGCUCAGUUGGCCGAUCUAG